ACGCCAUGGAAGGCAUCAGAUCCUCGUAACCCGCUUCUCCUGGCCACAUCUACUUGUGAUAUUCUGCGUUCUGCACAAAACCGCCUCUCUCUCAUCCUCUCGCCUUCUUUCAAUCGUAAUAAAUGCAUCGUCCGAGCAACCUCUUCCAAGAUCACCGUCAAGAUGUCCGCGUCGACAGAAGCCAGGGAGUUGGAACUGGUUGGGAAGGUCGAGAUGCGAAUAGCCCUUGCAAAAGAUGACAAGCUUGAGUCCAUUCUGAAGCCUUAUCUGCCGCCAUUGCUCUUGAAGCUUGCCAGUGAACACCAAUCUGUGCGCAAUAAGGUGAUUUCAACAUGUCAGCAUAUCAAGAUCCGCCUGGCUGGCAACAAGGGGAUCGUUUUGCCGGUUGCUGCUUUACUGAAGCAGUACAAGGAGAACCCGGGUUCUUCCAUGAUACGGCACUUUGAUCUUAUGUUUAUACAGCAAAGCAUUGGAAAAUUGUCUUCUUCCGAGCAAAUAGAUUUACUCCCUACAUUGCUCCAUGGACUAGACAAAGACGCUGGGAAGCCCACAUGCGCCACCAUGUUUAAUCUAUUCCUUCGCCUCUUGCCAAAACUUCAAAUACCUCCGCGUGGCAGUAAGGAAGAUACAGAAUUGAGACAUCGGCUCGGACUUGAUGAUCACGUCGAGGAUGCGAAAUUUGUGGCAUCAUGGCUUGGAAAGCUACUACUACUAAGCAUUGUGCGCUCUCAGGCCACAGGAGUGACUUGCCCGGGUCUUACUGUCUCAGAGUAUGAAUUCCUGACUCUGAGUUGGAAGCCAGAGACUUGGGACCCUAAUUCUGACGGGGGGCUGAACCUGACCCAAACCAAAAUAGUCGUUCUCUCUUUCCUCUCUAGUGGGGCUUUCACCGACGAAGAGCGCUUUUUGCCUGCAUUGUUCGCUUCUGGAGACGCAAAUUCUCGCAUAUCCAGCGUUGGUGAUGAUCUCUUGAAGCGGUCAACUGUAUCGCUGGAAGACCCCGACCUGGUUGGCAACCUGUUGCAAAUCUAUUUCACUUUGAAGCCAGCUUUAAAAACCAAGCUACUAAUUCUUUUGACAAAAUCUGCUGUCUCAACAACGUUUCCGAGACAGAUCGUCAGAAUUGUGCAAGAAGGAAUACAACCUGAUGAUAAUACAAACCUCCCAGCUAAGGGACUCGAAACGGUGAAAUUUCGAAAUGCACUGUUCAACUACAUGAACUGGGUAUCACGGAUGGGUUCCGUUGAUAAUUUAGGACAGGUUGCGCCGCAAUUAGUCGGGUUCAUGCGGAACUUCAUUGAAGACCAAGGCUGGCCUAUUCCUCAUGAAAGGUCAUCAGAUACUGCUUCUUUACGAGAACUAGGCUAUGAGACCCUUGGAUCUCUGGCAAAAACGACCCCGUCGAUCGUGUUAGAAAAAGAGCUAUCGCUUGUACGCUGGCUUUUUAGAUCACUAACAGAAGAGGGCUCUUCAGAAACCAUUUUUGUUAGUAUUGAAGGUGCUCUUGCAAGCUUGCUAAACGCAUUCGCCCCUCCACUUGAUCAAACAUUGAGACGCGAACUGCGAUUACUACUUUUGAAAUACAUGACACUGGAAGAAGGAGACGGCAUCGUCAGGAGUGCUCGUUUCGCAACUGUUCGCUGGGCGAAUAGAUGCCUUGAGUAUAACGACAUCGUCGGGCGAUGGAUAGACAUACUUGCGCUUGGUGCUCAUCCGGAUGAGCGCAGUGAUGUCAUUGAAGAGGGGAAGAAGGGUUUGGACCCCUAUUGGUAUCGACUCCUCAACUCAUCCCCUGCCUCCUCUGAUGUUACCCUUCCAGAUUUCACCGAGAUGGUCCGGAUUUUCUUCUCUGGAUAUAGUCUGCUCGAGAAUUCGACCGUUGCAAAUGCUAUGAAAACCGGUAUGGAGGUGGAUGGUGUAUCCGUAUUUGGAAAUUUUCCGGGAUCUAAGAUCAACGCAUUUGCUCCAGCUGUCAACUACUGCCGAAGGAUGCUUUUGAUGGCUGCUUUGGAACAUUCGGAAACCCCACUCACUAUUGAUGCGGACUGGGAACGGCAACUAGACGUUCUCUUUCGCACUGACAAGAAGUCUCGAGAGGCCAUGAAAGCUCACAUUCGGACUGUGGACGAGAAUUCACUUGAGAUAUAUCUCACUGCCACCCUCGAAGGGAUGUUACGAAACGAUGGUAAUGGCCUUGAGGAUUGCGGUAGAUGCUUUGUCGAGGUGGCUUCUAUAGCACCCAGCAGCUGUAUUGGCCGACUCGCUGGAAAGGCUGUUGAGCUUCUGUCAGCAGUCAAGUCUAACAAUGUAGCCACCCGAUUUCUUGCAGCACAAGCCCUCGGUAUUCUUGCUCCGCACCCAGCGAAUAAGAGCGACUCUCUCCAGAGAUUGAUUCAGUCGCUCUUGGUUGACGUAAAGCCGUGGUCUUCCGCUGUUGGUUCGGAUGCAAACAAAGUUCAUGGCUCAAUCCUUGCACUUGGCUAUAUCCUGAGCCGAGCCUCUUACUACGGCCGCAUUGAUAAUAUUGAUGGGCCGAUUGUUCAAGAUGUUGUCACACUCCUCCUCACAGUUCUAACCGGUGCGAGAGAUGCUUCGACUAAAGAAGCUGUGUUCAAUGCAAUUGGUCAAAUAAGUGCAUCUGGUGUCCUAACCGCAGCGUACAUUGACCAGUCAUCCUCAAAACCAGGCGACAUCAUCGAAUUACUGACGGGCGAUGCAAAAAAGGGCAAUGAGAAAGCGAUCUCAGCUCUAGGGCGGUUAGCAAUUAUAUUUGAUGAAGAUCCGGAUGGCAAAUCUGAAGGGCUACUCUCGGCCAUACAAGCAAGCCUCUACGGGUUAUUUGAACUGAAGCAAGUAGAAGUUCACUUCGCUGUUGGAGAGGCUUUGAGCUGCGCGGCUGCUUGUUGGCAAUCCGAUGCGCUUCUCCUGGGCCUAGACGUAGAUACUACUUAUCAUGGGCGCAUGAAACGGCCUCACACAUUUGAAGCUUUACUACAAAAGCUCCUCCAGGAUUGCAAAACAACAAAACCCUCUCUCAAAAAAGCGUCAGGAAUUUGGCUUUUCUCUCUCAUUCAAUACUGUGGUCAUCUUGCUGAAAUCCAAGCCCGCCUGAGAGAAUGUCAGGCCGCUUUCAUGGAAUUACUCUCUGCUCGAGACGAGCUUGUCCAAGAGACAGCAUCGCGCGGCCUCAGUCUUGUAUAUGAGCAAGGGGAUAAAGAGCUUAGGGAGAGGCUUGUCAAAGAUCUUGUGGCCUCUUUUACUGGGACGAGUGCGCAGCUUAAAGUUGACGAAGAGACCGAGUUAUUUGAACCCGGGGCUCUGCCCACAGGAGAGGGGAAGUCGAUCACAUCUUACAAAGAUAUAAUCUCUUUGGCCAAUGAGGUUGGCGACCAAAGCUUAGUAUAUAAGUUCAUGUCGCUUGCAUCAAACGCGGCGACCUGGUCUACACGAGCGGCAUUUGGAAGGUUUGGGCUGAGUAGCAUUCUUUCCGAGUCAGAGAUCGAUCCGAAGCUCUACCCAAAACUCUAUCGCUACCGAUUCGACCCAAACCCAAACGUCCAACGCUCGAUGAACGAUAUUUGGAACGCUCUAGUCAAGGAUUCGAGUGCAACUAUCAAUCAGUAUUUUGAAGAUAUUCUAGCCGAUCUAUUGAAGAGCAUUCUCGGUAAAGAAUGGAGAACAAGGCAAGCAUGCUGCAGUGCUAUUGCAGAUCUUAUUCAGGGGAGAGAUUUCGAGAAGUACGAAAAGCAUCUUCAUGACAUAUGGCAGGUGGCUUUCAAAGUUAUGGAUGACAUUAAAGGUUCUGUUCGGGAAGCUGCCCUAUCACUAAGCAUGGUCUUGACUGGUAUUCUUGUCCGCCAAGUAGAGGCAGGAACAUCGUCAAAGCACGCUCAGGCGAUGUUGAAAGAGGUCUUACCAUUUCUCCUUUCUAGCCAGGGAAUUGAGAGCUCGGCAAAAGAAGUUCAGACGUUUGCGACUGUCACAGUACUGAAGCUUAUCAAAAGUGGCGGACAGGCACUUAGGCCAUUUGUUCCGGACUUGGUUGAGCAACUAAUUGGCCUUCUGAGUAUACUGGAAACGGAAGGUGUUGAUUACCUCUAUCUGAGAGCAGCACAAUACAAUCUCACAGAAGAGAAGAUCGACUCGGCGCGAACAAACGCUGUCUCUCAAUCGCCGAUUAUGGAGUCGAUCGAACGCUGUCUUGACCAGCUUGAUGAGGCGACAAUGAAAGAGCUCGUUCCUCGCCUCGAGAAUGUGAUUAAAACGACCGUUGGAAUGCCAUCAAAAAUUGGUUGCAGUGGUGUUCUCGUCAGCCUUGCAACUAGACAUUCAUUUGUAUUCCGACCUCAUGCGGAUGCCUUUCUGAAGAUCGUAGAGAAGGCUGUUCUAGACCGCAACAACGCGGUCAGCGCCGCGUACGCAAGAUCAGCAGGAUACAUGGCAAGACUUGGGUCUGAUGAUUCGCUGCUACGCCUCGCAACCUAUUCAACAACCCUGUAUUUCAACGCCGAGGAUGAGACUCGCCGACAAGUUGCGGCUGAUAUAAUCUAUGCUGUCUCGAAGUUUGCUACAGAUCGCUUCAAUGCGCUUGCUGCAGAUUUCUUACCAUUUGUGUUUCUGGCAAAACAUGAUUCUGAUGAACAUGUCAAGGAGCAGUUCGAGAAGACGUGGUCGGAAAAUGUGGGUGGGUCGCGCGCAGUACUUCUAUACUUGAAGGAGAUCAAUGCUCUUUCUGUUGAACGUCUGGAAUCUCCUAAGUGGGCGAUCAAGCACUCGGCUGCCCUGACUAUUGCAGAUGCCGUGUCUUCUUCAGGAGCAGAGAUAAGUGGGCCAAAUGCUACCCUUAUUUGGCCAGCCUUGGAGAAAGCCCUUGCUCUCAAAACAUUUGACGGCAAAGAGAAGGUUCUUGAUGCAUUUGUCAAAUUCACCAAAGCAGCCAGAACACUGUGGGAAAAUGAACCUAGCAUCGCCAUCCAGAUGAAAAAGAUUGCCAUUCGAGAGGCGAAGCGGAACAAUGAUGCAUAUCGGCCUCACGCUUUCACAAGCUUGGGAGAAUACAGUGAGGCACGCACUGACAUCGAUAUGUUCGACGAAGUCUACAAUGUUAUUGCGUCGAUGCUCGAGGACCUCACAAACGAGGACAAGAUGGAUACCACAGAUGAUACCAAAUCCAGUGGGACAUCCAAUGAGGCAGCUACCAUUACUGCUGGCAUCUCAGCCUUAUUCCGGGCUGUAAACACCAAGCGUCUCGAUCCUUCUCCAUUGAUUCACCUGCCCAGACUCCUGGAUGUUGUCAAGGCAGUACUUCUUUCUACCAAGGUGACUGUUGCUACUCGACUAACAUUAUACGAACGCACAAAAGUACUCUUCGAUGGUCUGAGUAAGGGAAAACAUGCCCAAGAUUCUAGCAGAUAUGAAUUGGCACUUGGAUUUUUCACACUGUUGGAAUUGCCCAGCGGUUCCGGAAGUGAGAUGAUGAGGACAAAGAGGGGAGAAGCUGCCGAGACGAUUGUGCAGGCUUUUGCAGGUGGUAUUUUCGGGUUGUCCAGUGAUGGGAGAGACGCUUGUAAGGAGAGCAUGAGGGAGAUGGUUGUGGAAGGAGGAAAACACGAGAGGUCACCAGGGGUAAAAGCUACCUUUGAGAGGGUCAUAAGGGUGUUGCAAGAGUGAUAGACAGCUACUUUAGAUUACUAGAGCAUAUAGGUACCUACCUUUUCUCUUCC